ACCAUAGCAGUUAAAAAUGAAUUCUACCGCAUAAAAGCUAUCAUUGAAUAUCCCAAUGGCUUAAAGAGAACUUUUACAACAGCAAACAAGGCAUGUAGUAUAUUGAAUUCACAACUAAAUGACGAACUUUGGAUUGCAAUUGACGGUAAUGGUUAUGUUAAUGCUGUAACCUUAACAACCUCAAGUGCAGACAUCAAUGAGUGUUCUUCUUUGGAUUUAACUAUGUCUACAAAACAAUAUAACACGGACGUAUUAAUAAAACAUACCGAAUUGGCACCGAUUCCGGACACAGCUUCUUUCAUUCAAAAAAUUGAACGUGAACGUGAAGCAAGGGAACGAGGCGAUGUUAAAGAUAACCGCGGUUUCUUUGCAAAAUACUGGAUUUACAUUGUUCCGGUUGUAAUACUACUUUUUGUAUCGGGAGCAGCAAAUCCAGACCAACAAAAAUAA